AUGGUGGUUACAAUCCGGCAAGUUGCAGAAAUUUUUGGAAAGGCCUUCAUAGAGACGUCUACCACGGCAACAGCUGUGAAUGGGUUCAAGAAAUGCGGAAUUUGGCCGUAUGAUCCAUCGGUUUUCUCUGAAAGCGAUUUUGCUCCUUCUCAAUCAAUAACUGCAACCGCCAGUGCACCAAACAAUGAACUUGCUACUGUAACAACUCCAUCGGUGAAUCUUGCAAUAUUGACUUCCAUUGAAACAGCACCGAUUAGCCAAACUGCGCCGACCACAUCAGUUAUCAGCAGUGCCGCUAUUAUAACACCCACAAAAAUUUCAGCAGCCGUAGCACUUGCUGAGUCAGAAACGCAGUCAAUUAAGGCUUUCCAUGUGCCAGAUAUCACUGGAGCUGCUACCACUGCAGAAACAUCUCGCGCCUUACCUGCAAAAGUUACCAUCUACCGAGGUUGA